CUUUCUUUUUCUUUAAAAAAAGACAAUGAAAUUACAAGCUUCAUACUUUAUCAUUCUCAUUUCUUUAGUAGUCAUGGGCUAUUCAAUACCUACUAUCCAUUCGUUAUCAGAAUCAAUUAAACAACAAAUCACUGCACAAGGGGAAAAGAAUAGACACCUUUUGAUCGGCAACAUACCUAAUAUCCAUCAAGCAUGAUGAUUUUCGAAACUAUAAUAUAAAAAACAAAGAACAUAUGUGUCUUUCAUAGAAAUAAAUAUAUUGUCUCUUCUCAAAGUCGAAC